CUACUUUGCGUUCACUGUUUGAGUUGCUAAGGCUAGUGUGUAGAACGCUGGGAACGCGGAAGUGACGUUUUCGGCUUGUUGUCUUGUCUGUUAGUGUGUCAGCAGGUUCCGGUAAUUAGGACAUCAAUGAAGGCACGCACGGUUGGCAGCUGCUGGGAAUGGUCUUAGGAGACAGACUGUAAAGAAAACGGCAACAGCUGGUGAGGAGCGUGUUUUACUAUCAAUACUGACAGCUGGCUGCUGGGCUCCUGGACCUGGUACAAGGGCUCUGGCUGUCAGCUCAGGGGCUGCUAUCCCGGGCUCAGGGGCUGCUAUCCCAGGCUCUGGCUGGCAGCUCAGGGGCUGCUAUCCUGGGCUCAGGGGCUGCUAUCCUGGGCUCAGGGGCUGCUAUCCUGGGCUCUGGCUGUCGGCUCAGGGGCUGCUAUCCUGGGCUCAGGGGCUGCUAUCCCGAGCUCUGGCUGUGGGCUCAGGGGCUGCUAUCCCGGGCUCUGGCUGUGGGCUCAGGGGCUGCUAUCCCGGGCUCUGGCUGUGGGCUCAGGGGCUGCUAUCCCGGGCUCUGGCUGUGGGCUCAGGGGCUGCUAUCCCGGCCUGGCUGUCGGCUCAGGGCUGCUAUCCCCGGCUCUGGCUGGCGGCUCAGGGGCUGCUAUCCCGCCCUGGCUGUCGGCUCAGGGGCUGCUAUCCCCGCCUGGGCUGGCCUGGCUCAGGGGCUGCCAUCUCCGGCCUGGCCGCCGGCUCAGGGCUGCUAUCCCGGCCUGGCCGGGCCGGCUCAGGGGCUGCUAUCCCCGGCCUGGCCGCCGCUCAGGGGCUGCUAUCCCGGCUCUGGCCGCCGGCUCAGGGCUGCUAUCCCGGCUCUGGCCGGCCGGCUCAGGGCUGCUAUCCCGGCUCUGGCCGCCGCUCGGGGCUGCUAUCCCGGCUCUACCGCCGGCUCAGGGCCGCUAUCCCGGCUCUGGCCGGCCGGGCUCAGGGCUGCUAUCCCGGCUCUGGCCGCCGCCUCAGGGGCUGCUAUCCCCGGCUCUGGGCCGCCGCUCAGGGGCUGCUAUCCCGGCCCCGGCCGCCGCCUAGGGCUGCUAUCCCGGCUCUGGGUCACGGGCUCAGGGGCUGCUAUCCCCGGCUCUGGCCGGCCGCUCAGGGGCUGGGCUAUCCCGGCUCUGGCCAGCCGGCUCAGGGGCUGGGCAUCCUCCGGCCUGGGCCGCCGGGCUCAGGGGCUGCUAUCCCGGCUCUGGUCACGGGCUCAGGGGCUGGGCAUCCCGGCCCCUGGCCACGGGCUCAGGGGCUGCUAUCCCGGCUCUGGCCGCCGCUCAGGGCUGCUAUCCCCGGCUCUGGUCAGCCGCUCAGGGGCUGCUAUCCGGCUCUGGUCACGGGCUCAGGGGCUGCUAUCCCGGCUCUGGCCGCCGCUCAGGGCUGCCAUCCCGGCUCUGGCCGGGCCGGGCUCAGGGGCUGCUAUCCGGCCUGGGCCGGCCGGCUCAGGGGCUGCUAUCCCGGCUCUGGCCGCCGCUCAGGGGCUGCUAUCCGGCUCCCGGCCGCCGCUCAGGGGCUGCUAUCCCGGGCUCUGGCCGUCGGCUCAGGGGCUGCUAUCCCGGGCUCUGGCCGUCGGCUCAGGGGCUGCUAUCCCGGGCUCUGGCUGUCAGCUGUCAGACUCUGUCAGGUGCAGGAAAAAUGCUUUAAAAAAAAAAAAAAUAUCUAAUUUGUCUUACAUUUUUUGACUGCAGUGAAAUAUCAACAGAGUCAAUGCAAAUAUGCAUGUUUUUUUUUUUUAAUUAAUGGGGGGAUUGUUAACAGCGCCACUUUUAAAUAAUAAUAAUGGACAAUAAUAAUCCAUUUUUGUAGAAUCUGGAAAAGCAGCUCUCAAUGCUUUAUUCAAUGUUCAGCACAUUACUUAGUAGGUAUAUUUCAUAACUAGUGUAAAAAGAAAUUGAACAGCACGACUUCCUCCUCUCUUUGCCAUUGAAGGGGCACACACAGUGCUAAAACUUAUUGUAGUAGUAGUUAUGGCGCAGAGAGCACAUGGGUCAUAUACUCUGGUUUGUGGAAACCUUUUGUCUCUUGAUUCCAAAAACCCAUCCCUAUACUGUGGUUCAGCUAAUGCCAACGUAAACCACCACAUUAUCUGUCCAGUAGUAGGUUACAAGAACUUUGGGCAGGUUAGUGAUUAUAGUGCUUUGAGGGUUAAUUUGAAAACAGAUCUUCAUAUAACAUUCUGUGACAACAUUGAGCUGGGAUAUAUCUUUAUUUUACCACAUUUUGUCUGUGAUUGCAAAGUGUGUGCAGAGGUCCCACAUACUUGCAUUUUUAUGCCAGUCUUGGCCUGCCACAUGCAGUGUCACCAGGGGUGGAGAGUAAUAGUGAGAUAUCAGUGGUCGGGACUGAAAGCCCUGUUUCUGUCAGCCUAAUUGCAGACUGGUAGAAUGCUAAGAAAUGACCCAUCAAAACUGGUGGCACUUCGUUUUGGGUUGUAACUUUUAAUUUUAUUAAAUUGGAGCUAGUGGUGUCCAAGCCAUAUAUUAUAGUAAUUUUUACAAGAUGUACAGUUUCAUAUAUUUUCUGAGACAUAUGUCAUCUACAUUUUGUAUAGCUGGAUGUACACUGAUCAGCCACAUUAAAACUACUGACAAGUGAAGUGAAUUGUAAUAUUGUUACCAUUACACCUGUCAAGGGGUGGGAUUUAUUAGGCAGCAAGUGAACAGUCAGUUCACUUUCCAUGCCUUGUUGCAUCAGAGCGGUUUUGGCAGUUGGUUUUAAUGUUGUGGCUAUAUCAGUGUAUAGAAACAUAGAAUGUGACCGCAGAUAAGAACCAUUCUGCCCAUUUUUCUUAAUACUUUUAAUUAGUCCCUGGCCUUAUCUUAAAGGGACUCUCCAGUGCCAGGAAAACAAACCUUUUUCCUGGCACUGCAGGUCCCCUCUCCCUCCCACCACCCAUCCCAGUUUGCUGAAGGGGUUAAACUCCCUUCAGUGACUUACCUGUAUCCAGCGCUGAUGUCCCUCGGCGCUGGUUCAGGGUCCGCCCACGCUCCUCCCCCGCCGACGUCAUCCGGCGGGGGAGACCGAUUGCGCAGCCAGUGGCAGGGAGAGACCUAAUGCGCAUGUGUGGCAAAUUCCGGCCACACGCAUUAGACCUCCCCAUAGGAAAGCAUUGAAAAAUGCUUUCCUAUGGGGAUUUCAGCUACGCUGGAGGUCCUCACAUAGCGUGAGGACGUCAGGGACGCUAUAGCACAGAUCUGUGCUAUAAACCAGGAAGUUCCCUCUAGUGGCUGUCUAGUAGAAAACUAUGAAAACUGCAAUAUUUACAAUUGCAGGGUUAAGGGUAGUGGGAGUUGACACCCAGACCACUCCAAUGGGCAGAAGUGGUCUGGGUGCCUGGAGUGUCCCUUUAAGUCUAGGAUAGCCUUACACCUAUCCCACACAUGCUUAAACUCGCUCACUGUGUUAACCUCUACCACUUCAGCUGGAAGACUAUUCAGUGCAUCCACUACCCUCUCAGUAAAGUAAAACUUCCUGAUAUUAUUUUUAAACCUUUGUCCCUCUAAUUUAAGACUGUCCUCUUGUUGUGGUAGUUUUUCUUCUUUUAAAUAUAGUCUCCUCCUUUACUGUGUUGAUUCCCUUUAUGUAUUUAAAUAUUUCUAUCAUAUCCCCCUUGUCUCGUCUUUCCUCCAAGCUAUACAUGUUAAGUUCCUUUAACCUUUCCUUGUAUGUUUUAUCCUGCAAUCCAUGAACCAGUCGAAUAGCCUUUCUGUGAACUCUUUCCAAAGUAUCAAUAUCCUUCUGGAAAUACGGUCUCCAGUACUGCAUACAAUACUCCAAGUGAGAUCUCACCAGUGUUCUGUACAACGGCAUGAGCACUUCUCUCUUUAUACUGCUAAUACCUCUCCUUAUACAACCAAGCAUUCUGCUAGCAUUUCCUGCUGCUCUAUUACAUUGUCUGCCACCUUUAAGUCAUCUGAAAUAAUUACCCCUAAUAUUCUAUACUCUGCCCUUGGGUUUUUACAUCGAAGAUGCAUUAUCUUGCACUUAUCCACAUUGAAUGUCAGUUGCAGCUCUGACCAUUUUUCUAGUUUACCUAAAUCACUUGCCAUUUGGCUUUUCACUCAUGGAACACCAACCUGUUACAUAUCUUGGUAUCAUCAGCAAAAAGAUAUACCUUAACAUCAACACCUUCUACAAUAUCACUGUUUAAAAUAUUAAAGAGAAGGGGCCAAGUACAGAUCCCUGAGGUACCCCACCGGUAACAAGACCAUGCUUUGAAUAUACUCCCUUAACUACAACCCUCUGUUGCUUGUCACUCAGCCACUGCCUAACCCAUUCAACAAUAUUGGAAUCUAAACUUAAAGAUUGCAGUUUAUUGAUAAGCUUUCUGUGGGCAACAGUGUCAAAAGUCUUACUGAAAUCUAGGUAAUCAAUGUCUACUGCACCACUCUGAUCUAUUAGUUACCCCAAAAAAUCAAUAAGUUUAGUUUGGCAUGAUCUCCCUGAAGUAAACCCAUGUUGUCUCUGAUCUUGAAAUCCAUGUGAUUUUAGAUGUUCAACAAUCCUAUCCUUUAACAUGGUUCCAUCACUUUCCCCACUACCAAAGUAAGUAAGGCUUACUGGCCUAUAGUUGCCUGACUCCUCCCUACUACCUUUCUUGCAAAUGGGUACAACAUUCGCUAAUUUCCAGUCUUGUGGGACUACUCCUGUUAACAAUGAUUGGUUUUUAUAUAAAUCCAUCAAUGAUUUUGCUAGUACACCACUAAGUUCUUUUAAUAACUUUGGGUGUAUCGUAUCAGGCCCCAUCAACUUAUUUGUCUUUCCUUUCGACAGUUGAAAUAGAACCUCUUCUUCUGUAAACUCACAUGUAACAAAUGACCCAUUUGUCCUUUUUCUUAACUGAAGUCCCUCUCCUUAAUUUUCAUCUGUAAAUACUGAACAAAAAUAUUAAUUGAGGCAGUCAGCUAGACCUUUAUCCUCUUCUACAUACCUUCCUUCUUUUGUGUAUAAUCUAACUAAUCUUUGUUUUACUUUCUCAUUUAUGUAUCUAGAAAAUGUUUUAUCCCCAUUUUUUACUGACUGUGCUAUUCUCUCUUCUGUGUAUGAUUUGGAGGCUCUUAUAACUUGCUUAGCCUCUUUCUGCCUAAUCUUAUAGAUCUGUCUGUCUUCCUCACUCUUUCUCACUUUUUUUUUUAUAAUUACUAAAUGCUAACGCUUUGUUUUUUACUAUUUUGGCCACAUCUGCGGAGUACCACAGUGGUUCCUUAAUUUCUCUGUUCUUCCUGACAAGCCUAAUGGAAUUUUCUGUUGCUUUCAGUAGUGCGACUUUUUUUUAAAUAAUCCCAUUUCUCCUGGACUCCAUUAAAACUGCUCCAGUCUGACAAGGACUUCUUUACACAUAUUCUAAUUUUAGAAAAGUCUGUUUUUCUAAAAUCUAUAGUUGCAAUGAAGUGCCACUGAGCAAAACAUUGAAUAUCACCAACUUUUGCUAACCAUUUUUGCAUGAGGUGAUCCAUUAAAAAAAUAAAUAUACACACACACACAGUUGUGCUCGAAAGUGUGAAAUUUUGGCAUUGAUUUUGAAAGUCUGACUGAUCCUGCAAAAAAUGUUUUAUUGAAGGAUAGUGAUUACAUGAAGCCAUUUAUUAUCACAUAGUUGUUGGGCUCCUUUUUAAAUCAUAAUGAUAACAUAAAUCACCCAAAUGGCCCUGAUCAAACGUUGACAUACCCUUGAAUGUUUGGCCUUGUUGUAGAGCCACACAGGUUAAAAUGGCAAUUAAAGGUUAAUUUGCACACAUGGCUUUUUAAAUUGCAAUUAAUAUCUGUGUAAAAAAAUAGUCAUUGGGUUUGUUAGCUCUCACAUGUAAACACUGAGCAGGCUAGAUAAUAAGGCAUUAGGAGCAGAAAAGAAGUGUCAAAAGACCUGCGUAAGAAGGUAAUGGAACUUUAUAAAGAUGGAAAAGGAUCUAAACAGAUAUCCAAAGCCUUGAAAAUGCCAGCCAGUACUGUUCAAUUACUUAUUAAGAAGUGGAAAACUCUAUGAUCUCUUGAUACCAAGCCAAGUUCAGGUAGAGCAAGAAAGAUUUGCAAGGGGGCCUGGUCGUGCUGUUAAAGCGCCACAGUGUGCGACCAGGCCCCUGCUUACAAACGCCCACCGGGUGGCCCUUAGUGCCUGGGCCACCCGGUGAGCUUCCUUCGUUUGCAGGCAACCGGAUGCAGUGGGGACCCAUGGGGUGAGUAAGCUGUUGAGGGCAACUGGGCAGCUGCCUGGGGCAGGUGCCCCGUUUGCACCGCAUUAAAGUCGGCACUGCCCACUGUGAAGCAUGGUGGUUACUCACUUAUCUUUUUUUUUGGGAGGUGGUUUGUGAGCUCUGAAGGCAUGGGCAAUCUUGUGAAAAUUGUUGGCAAGAUGAACGCAGCAUGUUAUCAGAAAAUACUAGCAAUUUACAUUCUUCUGCACGAAGGAUGCACAUGGGAUGCUCUUGGACUUUCCAGCAUGACAAUGACCCUAAGCACAAGGCCAAGUUGACCCUCCAGUGGUUACAGCAGGUGAAGGUUCUGUUGUGGCCAUCACAGUCUCCUGACCUUAAUAUCAUCGAGUCACCCUGGGGAGAACUCAAACGGGCUGUUCAAGAUUACCAAUGACUUUGCAUGACCUAGAGGCAUUUUGCCAAGAUAAAUGGGCAGCUAUACCACCUGCAAGAAUUAGAGGCCUCAUAGACAACUAUUACAAAAGACUGCACGCUGUCAUUGAUGCUAAAGCGGGCAAUACACAGUAUUAAGAACUAAGGGUAUGCAGACCUUUGAACAGGGGUUGUUUAAAUUUUUUCUUUGUUGCCAUGUUUUGUUUUACGAUUAUGCCAUUCUGUUAUAACCUAUAGUUGAAUAUGAAUCCCAAAAUAAAUGUGUUUUGCCUGCUCACUCGAGUUUUCUUUAAAAAUGGUACAUAUAUUACUAAUUCUCCAAGGGUAUGCAAACUUUUGAGCACAACUGUACACAUACAAAUUUAUCAAACUAUAUUAUCCAGUUCAGACCAAGAGAAGCCAGGAAAAACAUUGUGAAUGAAGAGGGGAAAUAGAAACCUUGUUUCCUUUUUCUUGUUUUCUGUAUUUUUAUUUUUUUUCCUCACAUACUAAACUAUGACUUAGUUUAUAACCAUGACUGACAGGGCGUUACUAUGGAGGCGCCUAGUUAUAGGUUACAAACGUGAGGAUUUUUAAUUUUCAAUUUAUUGUUCACACACUUUAUAAAUACAUAUUUGUUAAAUAUAGGGAUAAUUAAACAUAGUAUUAAAAAUCCCGUGACAUGCCAGUUGUCCUUUAAAGUGAUGUUCUGUUUCAUAUAAGUAUCACUUUGUAGCCCAUUAUUAUAAGACUAACAUACAUUUGAAAUACAUUUCUCCUUGCCGUGGAAAUUCUUUCUGCCAUACAAAUAACCCCUUAAGGAUACAUGACGUAUGUGACAUGUCAUGAUUGCAUUUUAUUCCAGAAGUUUGGUCCUUAAGGGGUUAAAGCACUGCAAAAAUAUAAAAGAAGAGAAAUCCCCAAUGGAAUGUUUGUUGUUGAUGCCGCAGGAAUUCAUGGUGAUUUGCUUUACUUAUUAGUACUAUAGACCACCUUUUAGAACAGAACACUUUGAUUAAUCUCCCCAGUGUUUAAAGUAUAUUUUAAUUGAUACAUUUGCUGGGGGGUUUUCAACCCAGAGGAUAUAAUUGUUUACUUACCUGAAUCUGAAUAAUAUUUAAACCUGUUCUAUGUCUUUGACAAUCUAAUCUAAUAUAUGUAUGUCUUGUGUCAGGCUGUAAUACUGAAACCCUAUAGGUGAGUCACUGUGGCCGUGGUACAAAGAUCACACCCAACCAAUACGUGUAACUGAUUGAUAAGUCGUAUUACAUUUGAGGAGUGCAUUUUUCAUAUAAGCAGCUGUUAUUUUUCAAUACAGAAAUUGAAUGCAUAAACUGUUUGCUUAAUAAUGACCAUGCUUACUACAAACACCUGUAAUUUUCGUUUGCAUACAUAUUUGUGUUUGUAAAUAUGAAAAUUGUCAUGCCAUACUAGUAAAUGUGAAUAAACAAACAUCACAUCAAGAAAUCAACCUAAAUUGCUUGAAGGGAUAUUUCUAGGACCACUAUAGUUUAUUGUGGGGGGAUAUGAUGGAAGUAGGCUAAACAUGCCCUAUCUCCAUUUUUGUCAAAUCUUUUCAAGAGGCUUUAGAAAACCUGGGGCACUCCUGGCACCCAAACAAAAGCCCCUCUACUAAGAAAAUUAGAAUUUUUCACUUCCACAUUAUCUGUGCUUAGAUGAAGGUGAUCGGUUGUGAUUUCUGCGUUGGAUAAAAGAGAGAGAACUUUGAGUUGUGUGGGUGUGAAGUACAGAAGCUAAAAUCAGGAUAGUCCUAUGGUCUGAACCAUAGAAUAACAUACCAAAAUGUGGUUUCAAAUAUAGUAUUUAAAGGAACAUUCCAAUGGAAAAAAAACUAUAUUAAUAAUUUAGUAGAAAUUCCCCCAAUGAAAACUUGCAUGCAUUUAAAGGGACACUUUAAGCUACAAAACAACUUUAACUUAAAGGGAUACUAUAUUCACUAAAAUAACUACAACUUAAUGGAUAGGUUGUCCCUGCAGGCUUUUUAAUGUAAACACUGCCUUUUUAGAGAAAUGGCAGUGCUUGCAUUACUGUCCAUGGACAACUCUAGUGGCAGUCACUCAGACUGCCAAUAGCGGUGCUUACUGGAUCAGUGAUGAACAAUAUGCAUAUCCAAUGCAUAUAUAUGAGGAGAUACUGAUUUGGCGCAGCACAUGCGCAAUUGCCUCUAUGGGAAAGCAUUGGAUUGGCUGAGAUUGUCAAUUUUGAUGAUCUCAGCGAGGGGGCAGAGCCAGCUAUUUUUACUUUAUUUUUUACUUUGGAAUGAAAUAUAUAUAGUCAUGUUACAAAAGAUGCUGCUCUACUGCUUUAGCUUACUACUCUCCUAUUUUUUAUUUUUACUUUGGAUAUAUAUAUAUAUAUAUUCAUUGCAAAGUUAAAAAAAAAAGAGAGAGAGAGAGUAGUAAUCUAAAGGAGUAUAGAAGCAUCUUCUGUAACAUGGCUAAAGCCAUUGUUCUCUAAUCAUGGUAAUGUAACUUUUCUGGUUAUGCUGUUGGGUUACAUGUUUAGUGGUAGGCAAGUGAAAUAGGGGCUUACUUUGUUGUAAUUAGUUUCAAAAUAAGUGUAGCUUAUUCAUAUGACAUUAGUUGCCACAAUGCAAAGUCCAAUUUCAAAAACUGUGUUAAAUGACCACUAUAGUGCCAGGAAAACAUACUCGUUUUCCUGGCACUAUAGUGCCCUGAGGGUGCCCCCACCCUCAGGGUCCCCCUUCCAGAGCCGGGCGGGGAGCUCUCUGCCUCCGAUUCUCCUCCCAUGCGGCUGAAUGCGCACGCGCGGCAAGAGUUGCGCGCGCAUUCAGCCGGUCACAUAGGAAAGCAUUAUCAAUGCUUUCCUAUGGACGCUUGCGUGCUCUCACUGUGAAAAUCACAGUGAGAAGCACGCAAGCGCCUCUAGCUGCUGUCAAUGAGACAGCUACUAGAGGAAUUGGGGGAAGGCUUAACCCAUUCAUAAACAUAGCAGUUUCUCUGAAACUGCCAUGUUUAUAAAAGAAUGGGUUAAGCCUAGCUGGACCUGGCACCCAGACCACUUCAUUAAGCUGAAGUGGUCUGGGUGCCUAGAAUGGUCCUUUAAGCAAAUAGUCUAGUUCAGGGGUUCCCAAUUAAUUUUUCCCGUGGAACUCUUUGACAUAGUGUAUCAACAUUGUGGAACCCCUCUCCCGUAAAAAAACAAACAUGGGCAUAAACCUCUUUUUGUUUGUGCCGGUGUGUGUCAAGGUAUGUAUCUGUGUGUCAGUGUGUAUCUCUCUGUGCGUGUGUGUGUAUCUGACACACAGACAUACACACACACACACACUGAUACACACUGAUACACACUCAGAUACACACAGUGAUACAUACACACAUCUUGACUCACAAAUACACACACUGACAUACAAACACACACACACACACACCCCUACUUACAUACACACACUGACACAUACACAAACCUUGACACACAGAUACACUCACACUUAUACUCUCACUGACAGACACAAAUACAAACACAUAUACACUCUACCUGGCAAGCACACAUACAUUCUCAGUGACACACUCAGUGACAAACACACAUACUCUCACUGACAAACACACAUACAAACGCUUUAACAGACACUUUUUUUUAUUUUUUUUCAUUCCACCCAGCCUCCCUACCUUUGGGAGUGCUGGCAUGGAGUCUCUUUUUUCCUUGGGAUCCAGUGGGGUAGCUGGGCUGUGCGGCUGGCGUACGGUCCCUGGGGUCCAGUGGAGCUGCGUGGCUGGCUUGCGGGCGGCGAGGGAUCAGUGAUCUUCCUGCUCAGCUCCCUCGCGCGCCUCGGAUAUUCUGGCUCCAGCAUCACUGCAGUGCACGUGAAGGAGCUGAGCAGGGGGCGGGGGGGGAGAGUGCUCCCUCGCCGCCCACUUCAAUUAUCAGUGGCACCCGACCGGACCAAAUCGCGGUGGCCAUUUUGUUUACCCGAAAUUACGGCACAACCCCAUUUGUGUUCUCGCGGAAUAAAGUCCUAUUUACUAAUUUAUGCAAAUAUGUGGAUCCUUUUAGCAUGGCUGUGGAGUCAGUACACAAAACCUUUAACUCUAAAUGUUUUGUUGUGUGUUUUUUUUAUUUAUCUCCACAGGCUAAAUCCUUAACCGUGUGCCUCAGCCGUUUUGUACAAACUGAAGAUACCUUUUUAAAAUGAGUGGAGCUGCUCUAGGAAUUGAGAUUGUAUUUGUCUUUUUUCUGGCUUUAUUUCUUCUUCACCGAUAUGGAGAUUUUAAAAAACAGCACAGACUUGUAAUAGUGGCAACUCUCUUAGCCUGGUAUCUCUGCUUCUUGAUAGUCUUUAUCAUACCUCUGGAUGUUAGUACGGUAAGAAACACACUUGUUAAUUGCAUGUACUUGAGUGUUCACCAAUGGCCUGAACCAAAGAAUAUACAUAAGAAUGUUACACUUAUUUUCUUAAAGUGGCACUGUCAUCUUCAGGGAACUUUGAAUAUUUUGUAAAUCACUUCAAGGUGAUGGGUCAUGGGCAGAAGUACGUGCUUGAAGCUCUCCCUCUUAGUCACUGCCACCUUAAUUCCGGUCUCCAUCUUUGUUUCCUGAUGCUGCUUCUGCCAGGAGCCUGUGUGCAUGCUUUAGAGCAGGAUUCCCCAAACUCUGGCCCUCCAGAUGUUGCUGAACUACAACUCCCAUGAUUCUCUGGCUAUCUAUUCCAUUUGAAGAAUCGAGAGUUGUAGUUCAGCAACAUCAGGAGGGCCAGAGUUUGAAGAACCCUGCUUUAGAGUAAAUCGUAGAAGGAGGUACACUUUCGUGGUAGGAAUACAAAUAAGAAUUCCUAACACUAAAGUGUUCCUUUAACCCCUUAAGGACCAAAGUUCUGGAAUAAAAGGGAAUAAUGACAUAUCACACAUGUCAUGUGUCCUUAAGGGGUUAAGGGAAUUGUAAACUUCAUGUAAUUUGGUAUGUAUAAUUUGAUUUGUAUAAUCCCACAAAGGUGGGAUAAUAUGGAGUCUGACAGUGUAACAGGUAAUCUAGAAAGGUUAAGUGAGAGAAUAAUACUGAACAAAUUUAAAGGGAUCAAUCUGGUGAGGAAAUUGGUGUUCCUGUGCAGCUAGCAAACAAACACUUUACCACUUCUUCUAUGAAGACCUUUAACAUUCUGCUCUAAAUUAGUACAAACAAAAUCCUAAUGUCAAAACUAAGGCAAAAGUAGUUGAUUUUGAAGAAUUCUCCACCUCAGCCAUAGCCUUAAUUUGGCUAUUUGUGACUCUGUUUUGCAAUCCAGAUUUCAUUUGCUGAGGUUUAGAGUUCAUUUAAUAAUCCUGCCAGAAUUUUGCAGAGCAGAUCUAGCGCAUCACUAUUUGAACAUGGAGGUUGGAAACCAUUAAACAAAAUCCAUUACCUUUUAAAGCUUUUAUCAGCAUAGCUUUGACUUGGAAGAGUUUACAUUUCCUUAUUGCUAUUGUUCUUUGAAAGCAUGGACAAAUGCAACUGUGUGAUUGCAUGGGAAUAUAGUGGAGAGAGAAAACAAAAACAAUGUUAAAGGGACACUAUAGACACCCAGGCCAUUUCAGCUCAUUGAAGUGGUCUGGGUGAUGUGUCCCAAUCCCCUUAACCCUGCAAUGGUAAUUAUUCUAGUUUCUGAGAAAUUGCAAUAAUUACCUUGGAGGGUUAACUCCACCUCUAGUAGCUGUCUACCAGACAGCCCCUAGAGGGACUAUGAGGUGCUUAGGUGACUUUUGGUCGCCUAACUGAUGCUGGAUGGUCUCACGCUGUGCAUGAGGACAUCCAGCGUCACCGAAAACCUUAUAGGAAAGCAUUACAUAAUGCUUUCCUAUGGAGAAAGUCCUAAUGCGGGGGAGGGGGGGUUCGAGGGAGGAGGCACUAUAGGGAGCUAUAGUGCAGGGGAAUAUAACUUUGUUUUCCUAGCACUAUAGUUUUCUUUUAAUCUGUUUAAAGUUGUUUAGAUGCCAUUGUAGGUACAUACAUGGCUGGCACAGGGCAAAUAAAAUCCUGAAGUCAUCUGCCGUCUGAUGGAAAUGAGGCAGUGUUAUACCUGCAAUGAUGUGUACCAAUCAUCGCAGUUAUCAGUCAUUGCAUCUCCUUGGUUCAUAACCCAUGUAGUGAGCUGAGAGACUACUUUAAAGCUUGGGACGUCAUUUUGUUAGAUUUCAGGUCCAGCUUAAUUAUCAAAUUAAUAUGAUUAGUCAAACAGUGCUUUCCUAGCUGUGGAAUUAACACUGACAGACUUCUUGAUGGGCUAUUUUGAGCAUUAAAUUUAAAAGAGGGCUAUGUCAAGUGCUAUUUUCAAGCAGUUUGAUGAAGUGACAUUGUGAGUUUAAUGUUACACCAAAUUCACCUCGAAUGAUUUUUAACGAAUGAAAUCUCUUCCAGACUAUAUAUAAUCGCUGUCUUGCUAGAAAUGCAGUUCCGCCAGUCACUAUCAACACAAGUCUCUUUUCCACCACUACGACGGCAGCCACAAUAGACAAUGCUUCCGGACUUCAACUUGAAAAGAACGCAGACAGGUAUUUUAAUGCUUCGUGUGUAGAUUUCAUGCACAUUCACUGACCAUUUUUUUAGUAAGCCUCCUGCCACUUUACACCUUAGUAACAAAUAGAAAAUAAACCGAUCAACCAUAUAAACAUGCACGCUUAAAUAGUUGAGUUCAACAAAUGGGUUUAUACGCUAACCAGCACACUAGUGAAUUGAAAACUAAACUGAGAAAUUUUGGACUGUGCUACAGUAAGUUUGUCUAUUUUCACCUACAUUUUGCACUUUGUUUUUCAGUUCACUAAAAAUUGCUGUUUAUUAAAAAAAAUCCCCACACAUUCCUCCCUCUGCUAACAGUGUAGAGUGUUCUUUCUCCGAAAACCACCCUGUAACCAAAAUAAAGUACAUCCGUCUAUAGUAAUAACAAUCUUUGAGUUACAUUACAUCUUGUAAUAUUUAACGGUAAACUCUGCAAAAUACCAUUUCUUCCUAGUAUUGAGCAAUGCUUUCCCCUUUUGUUAACAUUGAUGUAACCAAAGUUCAUAAGCUUUUACCCUCAUUCUCACUUCUCGUUUUUGACAUUUACUGUACCAAGACAGCUUUUUUUAGUUUAUGAUUUUUGUAUUGUGACGGGAAGUCAGUCUGCACUGAAAACCUAUACUGAUUAUUAUACAGGAAGCAUUUAGUUAUUGGAUAUAUCUCUAUAGAUGGAGAAAUUCAAAUAUAUAAUGUAAUAUAGAUGUAAAAUUUAAGAAAAGUACUUAUUUCUACUUGUAUUGAUCCCAUCAAUUCUCUUUUUCUAAGCUAUUUUGGUACUGUUUGUAUAUGCUGUUUUCUGCACUUUGUGGUGAUUAAGAUUUUAAUUAUAACUUUGUUUCUGAUUGGAUGGUGACACACUACCAAUCAGAAUGCAAUAUCUAAAUAAUCAAGACACAAUUUGCAAGAAUUAGUGACUCUUUUAAGCUGACAAUAUUGACAUAUGCACUUUUUUUUUCUUCUUACACUAAUCUUUUAGGAAGUUAUUGCAUUACAGAUAUAUUCUCAUCAUCGAAUGAUUUUGCAUAAAGAAGUCUGUGUGUCUAUAUAUCUUUCUAUCGAUUUAUCUGUUUAUAAAACAUUUUAUAUAUUUUUUUCCAUUAUAUGUAUUUGUGUAUAAAAAAAAAAAUAUAUAUAUAUAUAUAUAUAUAUAUAUAUAUAUAUAUAUAUAUAUAUAUAUAUAUAUAUAUAUAUAUAUAAUAUAUUUUAUUUAUUUUUUUCACUAUCUUUUCAAUAGCAGCAGUGAUAGUCCCUCACCUCAGUGUUAUAAGCCAUGGAGCUAUAUCCCCAAGGGUAUCAUGCCAAUAUUCUGGCGGGUCGUCUACUGGACAUCUCAAUUUCUUACUUGGUAUGUGAUAUUACUGCUGAUUUGUUAACCUUUUUCUGCUCCUACACAUCUUGUACAGAUGUCCACAGUGUCUACAAUUUUAUUGAUCGUAACUAGAUUUUGUCUUAAAUUGCAUUUAAACAUUAGAAAUAAGUGCAAAAACGUGCACUGAAGAUUAUAUAAUGGACAGGACAGAAAUUUGGUGCUUGGAGUAAAAAUUAAGGGAUAGUAUCCAAGAAUUUUAAAGGCCAUCCACUAGUUUAUACCUCACCCAGGGUCAUUUGUUGAUGUUGUUUCAUGGUUAAUGUAUAAGAAGGCUUUUAAAACCUAGACAAUGGAUGACUAAAAGGUAGGCUGAAAGAAUCCUUGUAGAAGAUGAGGCUCUAUCUUCCAGCCACUCUGUUUUGACCUUCAUGCCUAAUAAACCAUUUCAUCUUUGUGAAAAUAAUCAAUUUGUCUCUGUCCAAUAGGAUUCUCCUCCCAUUCAUGCAGUCCUAUGCUCGAUCUGGUGGAUUUUCCAUUACCGGGAAAAUUAAAACUGCCCUGAUUGAGAAUGCCAUUUAUUAUGGCACCUACUUGUGCAUUUUUACAGCACUUCUCAUCUAUGUCGCAGUGAACCCCAAAUUUCACCUGGAGUGGUAAGUUUUUCUUUACAAAUGUGAAAUCAACAGCAGUUGUUGGAGCGCAGGGUUGACUGUCAGAAUCAAACAACAACAAAAAUAAAUUUAUUUAUUUCUACUUUAUAGAUAACAUUCAGAAUAAUAUUAAGCAUAUGGUAUGAUACAUGCAUAAUAUGGUUAUCACAAAACAGUGAGACUAUUGUGAAUAUUAAGAGUAUUGUGAAUUGUAAAAAAUGUACUUCCUCCUUAACAUCCAAGGUCUACUAAAACUGUGUGUUUUGUAGGCACAUGCAGAACAAGAUCCCCCCUGUCCCCAAGCUGAAAAUUGGCUGAAGUGCUUACAAUGAUUGGGAGAGAGAUAUAGCAAGGAUGGAGACAUUUCAAAAACAAACAAACGUCAAAGGCACCCAGGCCACUUCAUCUUAAUGAAGUGGGCUGGGUGCUGUGGUACUUUUUAAUGCUACUGUGUAAAGCAUUGCUGUUUAGUAGAUAUGGCAAUGUUUACAUUGCAGGGUUAAAUACACCUCUAGUGGUUGUCUCUGGUCUCACAACUAACUUCCAUUUCAUUGGAGGAGCACUGCCUGCGUAUCUGCUUUUCAUUACCAAUGCUCCUCUAUGAUGUCAACUGCAAUGACCUUAUCUUGGUGCUGGAAAAAAGGUACAGAAUACCUUUUAUUUUAGUUUUUAUUUAGAUAUAUUAGGGGCCUGAAUCUAAAUAAAGAGGACAACAUUAUAACAUUAGGAAUACAGGUUUGUAUUUCAAACGUUCCAGUGUUCCUCUAAAUAUUAUAUUUACAGAAAAACAAUUUUAUUGUAGACCAUUUUAAUGAAACUCCCUCUUCUGUGCACACGGAAAUUUUUGUUUUCCCUAAUCUUUUCCACGCAAAUGUGUGUGGAGAGCGUUUAAAGAACUUGCACAUAUGGGUUUAUUAACUAAGCAUUGAUUUGAACUGUCAACAGAAUUCCAAAAUAGAAACCAAAAACUGCCUAGAGUUAAAGCUUGGCUAUGGAAGCCACUCUUUAGACUGUGCAUGCUGCAGGUAUGCAUAUCAAAUUAGCUGAUAUACAAACAAGCACGUACAAAAGACUGGUAGAUCAUAGAAAAUCAAAAUAUAACCAGGAGGAAAUCUCAUAACUGUUGUGCACUUUAUAGGAAGUUAUUGAGGGAGUAAAUGGUAGCCUUUCAAUUAUGUAUGCUGUUGUAAUCAUACCAUUGAUUUUUACUUAAAAAGCAUCAAACUGCACUUUAACACAUAACCAUUUAGAAUGCACUAGUCUAUUGCUGGCUACUCUAAGACCGCAAUUGUUUGUGAGCUACAUUUUACAAUAACUAAGGGCUGUCUGAGUAUCAUGGGAAAUUUAGUGCAGUGUGCUGCAGUGGUUAUAGUGUUGGUGUCUGCCUUUAAGCUUUUCACAGUGUCAGACUGCUCUCCAUUUACAUUAUGAAAAGUUACAGUAAUCAUUUUCAUAUGGCCUGUUGUCUUUGGCCCAAUUCAAUAUGAUGUGUUUAUGUGUUUAAAAAAUUGCAUAGGUACACAAUUUUGUGUCCUGUGUGUUUAACUUCACUGCUUUGGAUGGUCCAUGAUUAGAAGAAAAAAUAAUGUCCCUAAUUAUUUAGUACUAGGCAAGAAAAACGCAGUUGCCUAGUUACCUGUGAUCAGUGUUUGUUUUUAUUUUUUUAUUUUUUUUUAUAAUUUUUUUCCUCCUUCCACAAAAUUACAUUAAUUUGUAUUGGUUUUCCAUUUUUAGGUACCAACUCCAAACCAUUGGGAUUGCUGCUGCCAAUACAUGGGGUCUCUUUCUCCUUGUUUUGUUGAUGGGUUAUGGUUUGGUGGAAAUCCCUCGCUCUCAUUGGAAUGGAGCCAAGAAAGGUUACCCCUUAAUGAAAACCUAUUUUAAGGCAGCCAAACUAAUGACAGAGAAAGCAGACGCUGAGGAGAACCUAGAAGAUGUGAUGGAGGUAAAGCUGAUAAUAAUCACGUUCUCUGAUAUGCAACAAAUGAUUGGCGAUGGCCCAUUGCUAGUUAAUAUAGGAUACUGAGAAUCCUCCUACAUAUCAGUCAUCGUAAUAUAACUAAAUAUGUACAUUUUAAAUCUGUGAAUAACAACCCUGUCAAUUCACCUGGCAUGGUAAUUAAAUUGCAUCUACAUUUUUAAAAUGUGUUCUACUAAAUUCUAUUUAAAAAAAAUAAAAAAUAAAAAAAAUGGAGUAAUCCAGGUAGUAUGCAAUGGGCCCUCCUGAUGACAGUCACUUUCUGUUCCUUUUAAAUUAUUAUAGAUAGAGGUGAAUAUAUACAUAUUUAGUGUUGGAAAACGUUGUCAAUAAACAAUGCUUAAAAAAGGAGAAUAACACAAUGUUAAGUCUCUGACAAAUGCUCCUUUUUUGCUAGUUUGUAAAAUGAUCAAAUCAGACUAUUCCACCAGCCAGUGUUUUCCUGUUUGCUUCAAUUUCAUUUCUAUUGCUUUGUAUGUCUAUUUUUGGAACUUGGUUCAGAAGUUAAAGGGACCCUCUAGUGCCCCUCUACCUCCCACCCCCAUCCUAAGUUGCUGAAGGGGUUAAAACCCCUUCAGUGACUUACCGGAGUCCAUCGCCGAUGUCCUUCAGCGCUGGGUCAGGCUCCACCUACGCUCCUAGGGAGAUCUAAUGCACAUGCACAAUGCUUUCCUAUUCGGCGACGCUGGAGGUCCUCACAUAGCGUGAGGACAUCCAGCGUCGUUUUAAAACUCUUUUCGUGUUCUAUGAACACGGAAGUCUCCUCUAGUAGACAGCCACCAGAGGAGGAAUUAACCCUGCAAUGUAAAUAUUGCAGUUUAUGAAAACUGCAAUAAUUACACUUGCAGGGUUAAGGGUAGUGGGAGUUGGCACCCAGACCACUCCAAUAGGCAGAAGUGGUCUGGGUGCCUAGAGUGUCCCUUAAACUGAUUUCAUUCAACUUCAAUGUGUUUUACUGUUCUAGCUCUUUUAUAUGUUCAGUUAUUUUAUUUAUUUUUUCCUCUGUAGUUCAACCUUAAAUGAGUGGGAUGAGAUAACUGAAAGUAUUAUAUAUAGAAUUACUUAUUCUAGUUAUUUGUGAGAGCGCAUUUGAGUUGCCAUUGAAAUGCUGUUUUUAGAGCAAGUUGCAGAACUGGAAAAACUAGCACAUUGCGUCCAGAUACUGUAACCUCGCUAUUCCAGUCGGACUAGUUUGAGUUCCUAAUCUACCUAUUGGCUCCAGGGAAAUCACUGCCAUUUAUAGCACUUCCUAUUCGUCUCGAUGUUUGAAGCACCAAGUCUCUAUUUCUACUCAAAUAAUUAGAAGCCUGGUUUACAUCUACAUAAAAAGCAGGAAUCCCACUGAUAACAUAUGUAAAUGUUCAAUUAGCACAUAUUUUCCUACAGACUAUUUUAAAAGGAGAAAAUCAAAACACCAGAACAGGAAUUAAGACCUGGUAGCUAAUUUGUUAGCAUUGUGUUAUAUUCUUACUUACAGACAGGACCCUUUUAUGUGCACAUUCCAUCACACUUAAAUAAUGUGGCGUUCUCCAAGGCACCACUCUUUCCAAUUUAUUAAUUAUGUUUAAAAACUAUUUACAGCAUCUCAGUUGUAUGCUGAGGCCAUCAUAAUCUACACAAAGAAAACCACAUGUACUACACUAGAGGCUGCAUUGAGAACUCUUUCUACUGAUGAAUUGGAGAAAUUAAUCAGUAGAAAUACCGCUUAAGCUUAAUUGCAGUGGUUCUGGGGCAAAGAGACUAUCCUGAAGUCUCUGCAGUGUAAACACUGCCUUUUUUUUUUUUUUUUUUAACACAAAUAGGCCAUACAUGAAUUUAAUGUUAGGAAUACAGGUUUAUUAGUGUGUCCUUUAAAGAUGACUAAGAUGCAGUCUGUAUGGUUUGUAUCUGUAAUGUGAUGUCUACUAGAAUAUUAACUUUUCAAUUAUUUUAAUAAAUGGAAAUAUGCACAGGACAUAAAAAUGCUGAUACAUUGAAUAUUAUAACAAAAUUUGGUUUGUCAGCUAGACUCAAAAUGAUUCCAUAUGUUUACAGAUCGUUGCCUGCAAGCUGUUGGUGUAUAUAUUUCUUAUAAUAUGUUGGGUUUGUUUUGCAGGAAGUCCGGAAAGUGAAUGAAUGCAUUAAAUAUAAUCACCCAUUACGGAAAUGUGUAGACACAAUUUUAAAAAAGGUAAGGAAACCAACAGACUGUGUGAAGAAAUGUCUGAUCUAAGAACAACCCAAGUUUUUGCCAUAAUGAUCAUACCUGCAUUUUCCUUGUGUCCCUUUUCACGAUCUCAACUUUUGUACAUGCACUUUCCCAUGCCUAUCGAAAUAGCAUAUACUCUCUGCUUUCUCUGGAUUCCAUAGGAUGUUACCUUAACCAAAGUCAAGCUCAUUUAAACAAUUCAAAGAAUGUUCAAUGAGUUAGAUGUGAAGUGAUCAACUGGAAUAACUGAGUAAAGUAUAUUGUAUUGGUUUAAGGAGAAUUAUAUAAUGAUAAAUAGAACUCUUUAUAUUCUACUGUGUUCCACUCUUAUGGAAAAAAAUAUAUUUUCAAAUUCUGUAUCAUGAAUUCAAAGUUCAAGACAAGGUUUUAUUACAACUUUCAUAAAUGUUCAUAAAGGGUGUUACAACCUUUGCACUUGUAUCCUUUCAGUGUCCUACAGAGUACCAGGAGAAAAUGGGUAGAAACAUGGAUGACUAUGAAGACUUUGAAGAAAAGAAUAUAAGUUAUCCUAGUGAGAAAACACUAGUAAAACUUCACAAACAGGUACCUGUUGGCAUUCGUGGCACACUGAUAUGCUGUACAUCUGUUGAUGCCAGUGCAUAUGUUGGAUAAAGAUCCGUUUUGAUUGGAGUUUGAGAAACUUUAACUUAAACAAAAUGUAUCACUUUAAGAUGUAAGUAUUGAUAUAUGUUCUUUGCUUGGUUUUUCCCCAAGGUUAUCUACUCUGUGCAGAGACAUCAUCGAACGCAGGUGCAAUGGCGAAUCCUUCUGGAGCAGGCCUUCUUUCUGGAAGAUGUUGCUAAAAAUGAGACCAGUGCAACAAAACAAUUUGUUCGUACAUUCCCCCCUCAAGAGCCAGAAGGUUGGAUCACCCGUCAUUUCUACACUCCUACAGUUGGUACGAGCCGCACUCCAAAAACUAAUGGGAUAUGAUAUGUAGAAUGUCAAUAGAAGACAAUUUUGAUCUUACACUUGGACCUUUCCUAUUUUUAUAAUUUUCUAUUUCUUAACAUAUUUACCUGUCUUACCAGGUGUAAGUGAGCACAUAUCUUUUUAUUAAAAUAGUUUUUUGUUUUAAUAAAAUGCUUCUUUUAGUGUGCAUCCAAAGACUCUGCGACACUAUUGCUGUCAACAGAAAGUGUACACUACACAUCAUAACUUAGGCUUAUUGUAUGAUGACCAUGAUGAAAACUGCAGUUCUAAAUUUCAAAUUCACUAGCAUUUUGCAUUUCAACUGUUGUGGACUAAAUUUCCCUUGAUGUUUGGCCAGCUAAACUUCUUGAUAGGAAACGUGAGAAAAACAGUCCACAGCUGCUGCUGAGUGCCAGAUUUAAGCGAUCUCUGGCUUCCGCAUCAUUCCAGUAGGAAAGAAGCAGUAUUGAAAAUCUUUUCUAACAAACAAUUUUCUUUAACGAUAUUUUUUUCAAAGACUGUAAAUUCUUUUCUUUACACAGAGUGGUACUGGGAGUGCCUGCUUCGACCCUGGUGUUCUCGAAUCCUGGCUGUGAUCUUGGCAAUGGUUUCAACUGUGGUUGUGUGGUCAGAGUGCACUUUCUUCAGCACUAAGCCUGUCUUGUCUCUCUUUGCUGUAUUUAUACAGCAGGCAGAAAGCACAUACAAUUAUAUUUAUAUUGAGGUAAGGAUCAGUGUUGUAAAUUUGUUCCAGUAUUUUUUUUUUAUGUCUCUGUAAUUGAAAAUAUAUGAAAAAAAGUUGUUUUUUUUCUUCUUCUACACCUUAAAGACCAAAGUCACAUUUUUGCAACCUUAAUGAUCAGAAAUACUUUUUUAUAUUAGAUUUGCCACACAUUAGGAGUACAAAGAUUACCAAGAAAUGCUUUUUUGUGUGUAUUAUAUUUAUAUAAAAAGUGCUUGCAUAUUCUAAACUAAACAUGAAAUGACUAUUAAAAAUAAGUUAAAUAUUUAUGGAACAACUGGUGAAAGGCCUACUCAGACUCGUUUUUAUAGUAAUAUUGCACAUAGGUACGGGGAACUAAAGAGAGGGUUUUCCUUUUCUUUAAAAAAAAAAAAAAAAAAGUUGUUAAAUGACUGGGGAUUAUGGGGAAAGGAAUUCUGUAUUUAUGAGACAGGAAUACUUUCUAAGCAGUAAGUCCUGGAGGUGGGAAACAGAGGUCUGGCAAAGUUAUUUCGCAAAGUGGUACUUGAUCAUUAGUGGGGAUAUAUAGUUUUGGAUACAGCUUUUUAGGUGGGAUCUGUAAUUUCAGAAGUUAUCAUACAGAGACAGUACAUUGCAAGCUACUUUGAGGAUUGACAUUAGGGUGAGCUGUGUCUUUUGCAGGUAGUGAGGGAAAUUGACAUAGAAUAGAAGCUAUUCUUCUUAUGGACUGGAAGAGGGUAGAUUGGCAUGCAUAGGACUGUUGUAAUAUGAAUUGCAGUAAUGGAGACUGGAAGUAAUGUAUAGUUUUAAAAUAUUUAAAUAUAAUAAAUUGAAAGUCACAUGGAACAACAACAUAGGGGAGAGCCAUUUUUAUCCAUAGGAAAGGCAAUAAGGGGUUAACCCAGUGGUUCGCAAACUUUUUAGGUUCAAGGCACCCUUAAUAUUUCAGUAUUUUUUCAAGGUACCCCAAGUCAAAAUUUCUAGGUUGUAGGUCUGUACAGCACAAUUUGUGUUUGAGUAAAGGGGUGUUUUUGUAUUUUAUUUAUGUUUUUAGUUUAAAUGCAGGGGUUUGUUUCUUUGUAAUAUUUGUGUUAGAUUGCAGGAGUGUGCUGGUGUUUGACUGCAUGGAUGUAUAUACAUACAUACAUACUUACACAGAUAUUCAUACACAUUAAAGGAUCACUAUAGUGUCAGGAAAACUAAGCAGUUUUCCUGACACUAUAGUUCCCUGAGGGCGCCCCAACCCUCUGGGUCCCCCUCCCGUGGUUAAAACCCCUUCAGCAGCUUACCUGAUUGUAGCGCCAGGCUCCCUCGGCGCUGGUGACCUCUCCUCCCCUGCCGAUGCCAGCGGAGCCGAAUGCGCAUGCACGGCAAGUGCCGCGCGCGCAUUCAGGCUGUCAAUAGGAAAGCUAUAGUGUCCCUUUAACACACAUAUGCAUAUAAAUACACACAUAGAUACACACCGACAUAUAUACACAUGCACCCUGACACACACAAACAUUGAUACAUGCCGACACCAUGACACAGAUGCACACUGACAUAAAAACACACAGCCUGACGCACAGAUGGAUGACACAUAAGCACACUGAUAUAUAUAUAUAUAUAUAUAUAUAUACACACACGCAUACACAUCAUACACUCAAAUACACACUCAAACUCAUACAUACAUACACACUAACACACAAAUGAUUUUUUUUAUAUCUCCAGCCACCCUCCUGUUGGCUUACCUUAUAUGCCAGGAGGGUGGCUUGGAGUCCUGCUGCUGUAGGAAUGAGGGGUCUGGAGCUCUUCAUGCUCCUCUCCCCUCACGCUGCGGCUGCCUCCUCCUGCGCUGCCUCCCUGCAGGAUGCUGGGAGGAAGUGACAGACUGUCACUUCCUCCCAGCUGGCUGACAUUAUAGGGGCCCGUUCGCUGUCUUAAAGGACCACGGCACUCGACCGGAUCCCUGUUGAGCAAUAAUGUAUCCCAGGUGCGAUAAUCAUAGCACCAGGGAAAUAUUCAGCAGCGCCCCAGGGUGCCGCGGCACAUAGUUUGGGAAACGGUGGGUUAACCCAUCGUUUCAUAAAUUUAGAGAAAUGAGUACAAAAUGCCCUAUAAAAAUAGGCUUCUUAUGAGGUUGAUAAAAAAAAAUAUAAAGAAAAUAAGGGAAAAAAUAGAAGGGAGAAACUAGGGAUAUUUACAAAAUACACUUCAGUUCAUAGGAUAAUAGGAUAUGUGUACGUAGUUUGGCCAGUUUUACAUAAGUAUACUCCUACUAAUUGGUAUCCUUUCAACACUUAUAGUCAAAUAAGUAGUAAAACCUCUUAAAAGUAACAGAGUAUCUGCAAAUGUGGGGAUUCCCUGAGAAUCAGAUUAGAUUGUAUCAAUUUAUCAGCUGAGGUUUGUAACUAGUGGGACUACACCCAAAGGGAAGAUAGUAAGCUUCCUACUAAAGUGUCUUUCUUAUGUACCCAAUAAAAAAUUGUGACCUGGUUAAGAAUUAGAGGUAGAGAAUUGCUAAUUUAAUAGCUUUUUAAUCAUGGAGCUUAAAGGACCACUAUAGGCACCCAGACCACUUCAGCUCAAUAGGUGCCAGGUCCCCCUAGUUUUAAACCUGCAGCUGUAAACAUAGAAGUUUCAGAGAAACUGCUAUGUUUACAUUGCGGGUUAAUCCAGCCUCUAGUGGCUGUCUAGGCCGCUUCCGUGAUUCUCUGUGCAAAAAUCACAUUGAGUAAUGCUUUCCUAUGGGCGAUUUAAAUGUAGUUUGUUUUCCUGGCACUAUAGUGCUCCUUUAAGUAGCACUAGUCUUUACUGUGCAUACGUGGGCACCUAAUCUUUGCGGUAAACUGACGAGCUUUAUUAUAUUAUGCCCCUUGAAAAUGGCUCAGUGCUCCUGUUCAGCAAAUGGCCAGUCUAAAUAUCUGUUAGGUAUCUGAUUGAAUAUAGGUAUUGGCUAUAGCUUCCAGAGAUAUAACCUCUGCACUCCCAUAAAGCUUUGUAAGUUAAUGUUAAGAGAGUACCGUAAGCCAUGCCCCGACACGUGUUUUGCCAGGCAGACUCUUCUAUGCUUAUGUAAAACUGGCCAAACUACAUACAUAUAUCCUAUUAUCUGGUUUCAGAUACCUACGAAUUGGCGUGUAUUUGGUGAAUAUUCCUAGUUUCUAUUUACCUUAUUUUUCUUAUUUUCUUUUUUUGAUUAUUUUUGUAUAUGUUUUUAAUAAAUAAUCAUUAAAUGUUAUGUUUUAUCAAUUAAGUUAAAGUCACAUGUUUUAAAAGAUCUGACAACCAAAUAUAUAUUUUCUUUUGACAAUUUGUACUUGUAGAGAUUGCUAUCCUGCUUGUUUAAACAUGGUGACAUGAGCUUUAUGGAGAAUGUAAAAUAAUGUAGUCAUUUCCCUGGGUUUAGUUUUACGUUCAUUUUAAAUUAUAAAUACCCGUAUGCACAAUGUGUGGAGGAAUUUGUACUGCAAGAUGUACAAACUGUUAUAUUAUAGUACAAAUCCAGUAUAAUGAUGUUAUUAAGCCUACAUAUACACAUUUCACUGUUGUAUGACAGAAAUACAACCUUACCUUUUCUCAUGUGCUUGAUUUUAGGUGGCCUGUUUCCUCACCAUAUUCUUUUUGAGCAUCUGUGUUUAUUCAACAGUCUUCAGAAUUCGUGUAUUUAAUUAUUAUUAUUUAGCGUCUCACCAUCAAACUGAUGCAUACAGUCUUCUGUUCAGCGGCAUGUAAGUAGGGAGCACACUAUAGGCUGAAAUACCCUCAGGGUUAUUGGGUAUUGUGGUAUUAUAUUGGGGUACUGUGACGUAGUGUUAGGCCUGACACAAUAUGGCCAUAUGGUGGAACAGAAUCACCAUGUUUGUUUGCUGACAUAGAUGAUUUUAAAUAGCAUUGUAACAUUUAAAACUUUAUUUUUUAUUAAUUGUUGUGGUCUUAAUGGCAGCACCACUACUGAGAAAUGUUGUGGAUGUGCCCCCAAUUUCCCUUUUUUAUGUCAUUAAAAUUACAGUAAUGAAUACAUCUUUGGGGACCAAGUGUGGUUGCCUGCACAGUGACUCUGCUUCCAAAUUAAGUUAUUUCCAUUCCACAACUCCUAGUGUGCCUGAUGCUAUUACGGGAUGCAGAUUAUCUGGGAGCAAAGAUGCUCCAUAGGCACCGGCUUGGUAAACCAUAGCCCCAUGUGUGUAUGGAGGGAAAAAUAUUCAGAUAGUUUUAUCUUUUCAUUUAAAUGUUCUUUUAUCAGUUUCUCCAGCACUAUGUAAUCUAGAUGUUUACCUUCCUGAAGGUGAACCAGUCAUCCACACAAUAUGGGGUGACAGGUGCACUUGAUCUAUUUAAUCAGUUAAAUGGACAGUACAGGCACCCAGACCACUUCAUCUUAUCGCUUUGCAUGAUGACGUCUAGCGUCUUCUAAAUUGCCCUAAGAAAGCAUUGAGUCAAUGCUUUCCUAUGGGUAAGGCCUAAUGCUUGCGUGUCACUCGCUACACAUGCUCAUUAAGAUCCUCCCCAUCAGCUGACGUCGGGGAAGGAGGAGCGGGGCCCAGCACCAAGGGACAUCAGUGCUGGAAUCAGGUAAGUAAAUGAAAAGGUAUGUGUGUGUGUGUGUGUAUGUAUGUAUGUGUGUGUAUAUAUAUAUAUAUAUAUAUAUAUAUAUAUAUAUAUUUAUUAUAUUCAUGGAUGGGUAGGGCAUCAUUGUAUUCCUAACACUAACGUUCUUCUUUAUAUGCUUGAUAUUGAAGGAAAGUAUUCAGUAAAAUCAACAGUGUAUGACUAUUCUAGAAGCUGAGAUUUGAGCUGACGAUAGGAAAUCAAAAAUCUUGACAUUUUAUAUUUCAUUUGUUUCUUUGAUAGCAUGUAUGCAUCACAAAUUGUUUGUAAUUUAUACACAAUAUUGUUAGAUGCAUAGGUCGUGUUGUAUAGUGCUAACUAACAAAACAAGUCUAACAUGUCUUAUUUGAUUUUAUUUUCUCAUCUGUUCUUUCCAUUCCAAUAGGCUGUUCUGCCGUUUGACCCCUCCGUUAUGUCUUAACUUUUUGGGGCUAACCCACAUGGAUGUAUCCAUCGCUCAUCAGAACACUGAGCCAACUGCUUACACAUCCGUAAGAAAAUGUCAUUUAUACUGCAUUCAUUAAUUACAUUUUACUAAAGCUGAAAAAACUUGGUUUUUACAUUUCUACUGUUUUCUAGAUAAUGGGUUCUUUACGAGUCCUGCCUCUUAUUGCUGAUGUCUUCUACAUCUAUUAUCCUAUGCUGGUCGUUAUUCUCUGUAUUGCAACUUACUUUAGGUAAGAUAACGAACGCACUUUAUUUCUAUAUUUUUGUUUGCUUAGCAUGGGUUUGUUGCCUGUGUGUGUCCUAUUUAUUGUUUACAUCAGAAAUAAAUGUUGGAGCAGAAUAAUGGAGGUCACCUUGUGUAGUAAAUCGGUGUGCUUCUCAAAAUAUAAAAAUAUGACACGGUGGCACCUUAAUAUUACGGUAGAACAUAAUAUUUAACACCCCCAACUUCCCCUAACUGUAAGUAGUCAAACCUUUUUAAAACGAUUUAACUUCUUACUUUGUGUUCCCUGGACACUGCUCCCUAUAUCUCAGAGAGCCAAAAGCUCUCUGCUUGAGCUAAGCCCCAGGUGGGCAAUGCUUAUCUCAUUGGCUGAGAGUGAUCAGCUGAUGCCUUGAGACAAUGAGCCGGCUUUGUACAUUAGGGCUUCACUCAGGAGAAUUAAUGGAAGCUACUGUAUGCAUUGAAAGAGACGCAAGGUUUGGUACCUGGCAGACCCCAGAUAAAACUGUUCUAAAACGAUUUAACUGCUUAUGGUGCUAGUGUUCCUCUCAGACAAUAUAGUUGAAUUUUUUUCCCUUGACUAAGUGAUUGUUGGGUUAGCUGCUUAACCCCUUAAGGACCAAACUUCUGGAAUAAAAGGAACCAUGACAUGUCACACAUGCCAUGUGUCCUUAAGGGGUUAAAGGGUUACUCCAACCAAAAAACAUUGUUUUAAGUAAAUACUGGGUUUGGUUACAAUAACUCUUCCUAUCCUGGCCCCAACCGUAUAAAAAAAUAAUACAUUUAAAAAUUACUUAAGCAGAGGUGUUAAACUCUGUGCAGCGUUUCAUAACUAAACGCUGCAUAUACAAACUACACUCACCAUAACCACUUCAGAUCAGUGAGUGGUCAUGGUGCAUGAAGUAACACUUUAAUAUGUUACAGGCUCCACUUGCAUUAAAAGACUGUCCUUAAGUAUAACAAGUUAGGAGUGCAGUGUAAUUAAUGUUGACAGGAAGCAGGUUAUAAUAUGCAAGGUGGGAAAUAAUGGCUAGUAUAAAAAUCUGGGAAAUGUAGUGCAAUAACAGCUGGAGGGCCAAGGACAGACACCCCAAAGUUCAAUGUGUUUGUGUGUGUUUGGCAUGUCCCUAUUUUUUACUGUAUAAACUAAAUAAUAUUUUCGUGUCCUCUGUCUUCAUCUUGCAGUUUGGGGACGCGCUGCUUGAACUUGCUUGGCUUCCAGCAGUUUAUGGGUGAUAAUGACAUGACCUCUGACCUCACCGAUGAAGGCAAAGAGUUGAUUAGAAGAGGUAUAUUUGGAUUUCUCAUCUAAUCACAGUGUAGGGAUAGAUGAGGCAAAAGGUGUUAUUUGCACAUGGGAUAUUUAAUACAUAUGGUGAAGAAACAUUGGAUAUGGUACUCGCCCUGAACUGCAGCUUUGUGCCCACAAUCAGUACUGCAAGAAGGCUGGUAGGGAAAUAUAACCUGGGAGAUUAUCACACUAUAUAUCAUUCAAAGUGACACUCCAUGUGAUUUACUGGAUUGCUUUCAUCCCUCUGUGUGGAAAUGCUGCCAGAAAAAGGCUUGUAGAGAAUUCUUAUUAUAAAGUUCUGCAUGUGCUUUCGACCGUGAAGUAUCAUUAAAGUCACAUGCCAUUGUGACAUUUGUUUUUCCUUUCAUAACAUUUUAGAGAAAAGAAAACGUCAGAGAUUAGAAGAUGGUGAAACCCGCAGGAGGGUAAGAUCAUUUGAAACAAAUUUUGAAAAGCUUGUCUAGGUGGGUUUUUUUUUUUUUUUGGUUUUUUUCUCGUUGUGUUUUUCUUUUCUUUUCGUUUUUGCCUAUUCUAGAUAACGAUCUGCGUUUUUAUAAAUUUUCUCAACUAAACUUGGUUUCUCUUCUCUUGGUUUAUUCUCUCUCUUUUACCAGUGGGUUGCGGUUUUUAUCACUAAAUAUUCUGAAAUGCUGUUGCCAUAAGUUAUUCUGCUUUAUUACUUGAUUAUUCCUUUUGUUAAAGAAUCUAAUGUUUCCACACGAUGUAGAAAGAGACCGGGAAAUUGCUAUCCAGAGAUCAUACUUAGGGGCACAAAAAGUGUUUCCCUUUGCAGUUUUACUUUCAUUGUAAAAAUAAUAAAAAAUAAUUAUAUUUAUAGCUAUUGACAGGCAUAUAAAAGAACAUCUAAAUUAAUCCAUUUAGGCUAAAUAUCCAUAGUUAUACUCAUCCAAAGGUGCCAAGUCAUGAAUAGUUGAACAAAUACUUUUGGAACUUUAAAUCAAGAAUAGCUCUGCUUGGAAAUUGCCAGAAAGCAAGCUGAACAUGAUGGUAACUUAAUUUGUAAACCUCCAGGGCAAUAUGGUUAGCAGUUAGUGGAUUUGUCUAUACUUUCCUUCAGCCUUAGCAAUUUAAUAGUGAAAAUGCUACUCCAAGCACCAUGACCACUUCAGAGUCUAUAUGACUACACAUAUAGACUCUGAAGUGGUCAUGGUGCUUGGAGUAGCAUUUCAGUUUGAAAAGCUAAAGCACUUUGCUGUGAGGGAUGUAACACCCUUUCUGUAGCUUCAUUAACAAGCUCAGAGAAAAGUUCCUGGCUUAUUUGGCAUCUGUCAUCAGCAUGCAUAGCUUGUUGGUGAUAAAAAAAAUCAAUGGCGGCAUGACCCACCCCUCAUCUAUUCGUCAUCUAAGCUCCUGCUCAACGACCUCUAUCCUCCUGCAGUGAAGGGGAAAUUACAUAACCAGAAGAGAUCUUGGCUUUGGUGCAGAGUCACAGGUAAGUAUUUUUAUUUAUUUUUUUCAAUUUUUGAGGUAGAGUGGAACAAUGCCAGUGUUUAGUUGCCUUUGAAAUCUUUCCUUUUGCUAAUACAAUGAAUAAUAAACAGGUUCUAUGAAAGGAAACCCAAAGAAAAUAACCCGUAUGUCCUUAAAGAUCUACUUGUUAGGCUCUCUGGGCCUGGAACAUACUAAAAAUAUUCACUUAGAAUUUGCAAACCUGUUUUGUUGCAGGAGUGGAAAGAGAGGUACUCUAACAACAGAGAAGAAAACAGCCGAAAUAGAAAUAUACAUUCGGAUCAGGCGGAGCCAAGUUACACAGAAAUGACCACAAGUAGAAGUAAUCCAUUCACACUUUUAUUAAAACUUCACUGUAACUUCUGAUAAGAAUAUGGCAGUUUGUAAACAUAUCCUGUAGAUCGCGAUAUAAGGCUAAGAUCGCAAAUGGGAAUCUGUUUCUGACUGUAAGAUUGUUCAAAGACAUUCUCUGACUUUGUCAGCUUUAAACUCCUUGUGAUAAAGAGUUAGAUAAGUACCUAAAUAUUACAACAUAGCUGACAAUUGAUCUUUUAUGAUUGGGUUAAAGAAACACUAUAUGUAAGAAAUACAAAUAUUUAUUUCUAACGUCAAAAUGUCUGUCUUCCUUUUUAGAUAACUGUACCCUCCCAUAAACAUUAAAUAGAAAGCUUAAUAAUAGCUGUAUUUACAUUGUCAUCAAAAGGUUUAUUGACAUUGACUGCUCCAUAAAAUCUUGCUGUUAAUUGGGGUAUUCCAUUUUAGAAUAAGCGUUUUAAAGACCAGAUUAUUAUGAUGACAUAGAUAAUACCUGGUCCGUAAGGGGUUCUGAUCUUUGUAAGUAAUCCACUUUUUUAUGUCAAUACCCUGGCAGGGUUGUUGGCUAAACUUUACAUUUUCUUGAAUUAAAUCUGAAUGGAAAAACAGAGGCAAAAAUAGCCAAGUUGUGAAAAUUCGAGAGGUUAUUCACAUUUGAUCUUUGUGCCUCAAUUCUUCCUUUUGGAUUUAGAUAGUGAAAAUAUGCACUUUUGUGAAUAACCCUGUAUGUCUGGGUCUGGUUUACAUAAGCUUAUUUUUUUUUUUUUUUUAAAUCAGCAUCAAAAUACACCAGGUCAAACAACAGGACGGAGAGGGAUCGAAUAGAGCUGCUGCAAGAUGCAGAACCCUUGGAUUUUAAUGCAGAAGCUUUUAACGAUGAUCCACUUGAAGCGUCAGAAUCGGGGAGGUGAGUGUUGUGGAGAAUGGGUUUAGAGUUGGGUGAGACACACAGGGGUUGUGUUGAAUGCAUUUAUUACUCUUAUUUUACAAAAAGACGUGCAGUUUCUUGGGCCUCCUAUUAUAAGCAACAACUACUUACUGGUAAGACAAUAAUUUAGGCUAAAAGAAUCACCAAGUCCAUCCUUUUCAUACAUUUCUCUCUGUAAGACAUCCCAUCCUGUUCUAAUGCUGAGAGCUCAGCUGUACUCACAGCCACUAGAGGCAGUUCCAAUGAAAUAGCAGAUGCCCACUAGUCUCUACAGAAAAGUAUUGCAUUGGCUGAGGUCAUAAAUCUCUAUGAUCUCAGCCAAGAGGUGGAGCUUCCCCAUGGAGACCUCUUAUUUAUUUUUUCUCUCCCUGCACAUGGCCAACAGGGCCCUAUAGCAUUCGGAAUACACAUUUGUAUUCAUAACACUAUAAUGUUCCUUAAACACUUCUCUCAAGCCCCCUCCUGUCAUUCCUCUUGACUUGCUUUUUUGGUUUUUUUUUUACACUCCAUACAUAAUUUAUUUUUUUUUAUUUUCAAUGCUCUCCUCUUGACACUUUUUUCUGUUCCCUUAUAUUAAAGAGAAAUUAUAGUGCCAGGAAAACAAAGUUGUUUUUCUGGCCCUAUAGUGCCCCCCCUCUCUUAACAAAAGUUGCCCUAUGACCCAGAAGUCACUCUAGUGGCUGUCUACCUUUACCAUUUUCCAGGGAUGUUCCAUGUACCCAGUCUCCUGGAGUACUGUCUUUGUAUUUUGUUCUGCUUUACAUUUGACAGAAAUGAAUUGCCACUAGUGCUUAUUUACUGUAUGGCAUUUCAUAUUGCACAUCUGUACUGUGACUUCUCAUUUCCUGUUUCCAUAUUUGAAAAGCAAAUUGCAAUUAUAAGGUAGCCCAGCUAGAAUAGUAUCCGAGUUGGAAAAUGUUGCCAAUUCUGCUUUUUUGGGAAAUAUUUAACUAUUCAUUUCUCUAUACCCACAGGUUAAACAAAUGAAGUUGAUGGGCUUUUUUCUUGUGCUGCCUUUUGUUUAACACAUUACUCUGUUGUGUCUAGGUACCAGCCAGCCGGAAGAUACUUGUCCAUGUCCAAAUCAAACAGCAGGAUAUUUGACGAUGUAUAACAGGAACAGAUCCGAGAUAUGUAAAGCUACAGAACCCGUCAACAAAUAUUACCUGGCUCAUAGAAAUAAACACAAACUCGUGGUUUUCUUGUGGAGGAAAUCACCCUUUGCUCUUUUUGUACACUGAUAAGUGGCCUAUGAAGUUUUUGUUCUCAACUGUACUUUGUUUGCACAUUUAAUGGCAAUAUGCCUACCAACCAAUGUAAACCAUACAUGUGGGUACAGCAAAUCCUAUUCUAGAAGUUAUAUGCGAGUAUAGUUUCCAUUUUGGACCUAGAGCUUAUAAAUACUGUAAAGUAGCAUGCAGGUACUUUUAGCUGGAAAACAAGCUUAGUGGCAAAGCCUGCACGGGAAACACAGACUCUGAAAUACAAAUCAGAAUGACUUUAACUGUAAAUACAAAAUGCUGUUCUUCUUGAGAUGCUAGGAUCUUUGAAAGUUGUUGAGCUUUUUAAUGGUUUUCUGUACAGCCUUUGUAAUUCAUAAUGCAUGCUUUCCAAUUGCAGUUUGUAGCGGAGCGUGGAAUUGCAGGAAAACAAUGAGGGUUUGCAUUCAGAGAGGAACUGUCGUGCUAUUAACAUUUAUAUAAAGUGUUUCUGAUUGUACAGUAUAGAUCUCCUCUAUCUCAUAUCACAUCAUCCUAUAGAAAGGCAGAAGCAUCACAUUUUAUGCACAUUGUCUGCAUAAUUUGUGCUUUCAUUGGGAGAUUGUAGAGUGCAGCUCACAGGACUGCAAUACUCAAGUGUGCAAAUACAAUUGUAAAAAAACAAAAAGAAAAGGCCAUCGCUUGCUACUCAGUUCAGCUGUCAGAUUUAGGUUGGUUUUGUGUAUCCUCUUGUGCUUGACAUCUGACAAGCUAAAAUACCAAUAGUGCUUAAUGUAUACAUAUAUAACAUUAUGUAUGAUGACUACAGUAGAAAAUGCCAACACUAAAAACUUGACAAUUCCUCAAAAUUUUGAAUUUCUUAAAUGCAAAUUGGUUGGCAAAGGUUGAUACGGUUCAUUUUUGGCAAACUUAUAUAACUCAUAUGAUUCUUUGUCAGCUUAAGGUGUUCUGCUACCUGAUAUAGUAUUUUCUAUCUCUGUUAGCCAGUUGAAAAAAAGGAAAAUCUAAUGAUCAUUCCAUGUGAUGAUUGUUUCAAGGCCAUUCCUAUGUCAAACGUGUAACUGGAGCCAUAACCAUGGGAACCAAUUAAUGCUGAAUGCAUCACUUUUAGAACUUUGUCUCCACACUUGCUUUUUGUGCAGUAGUCGAACAGAACGGCAUUUAAUCCACACACAUUUGUGAUGGAAAAUGUUUUUUGUGCUUUAGUUUGGUAUCUAGCAAUGGAAAACACAUUAUGCAAAUGGCGGAAAUUAGUUUGGUGGAGAUUUCCUGAUUUUACUGUGGGAUCUAGUGAAUAUUCUCCUUAGAUGCUUGAUUUUGUAUACUGUAACCUGUAAGUGCUAGUCUAGGUGUAAGUACGAUCUUUUACUCCUAUACAGAUGGAGUAAAGAUUUGGACACCUGCAGUGGAUCGGAUCAGAUGUUGUAGAGAGGAUUAUUCCGUGCGAUAUAAGCUAAACUUCAUAUCAACCAAUUACAUACUAUGUAUGUCAUGAUAUCAAAGGUUUGGCCUGGCUCUUAAGGAGUUAUUAUCCUCUCAAUCCCGUAUACAAAUACUUGCUUCCGAGUUAGUGUUCACAAAGUACAUUUUGUAUUCCGCUGCAUUACUGUGAGAGUAUACUAUUUAUACAGAUAACACUGGCAUAUUAAAUUGCAUUGUUUAUUUCAAACUGUUAGAUGCGUUAGCCCUGUUUAUUUAGUAAACCUUUUAUUAUUAUUAAUCGUGUAUUAUCGGGGAGAGACUUGCACUAUGGCUUUUGCUAGACUUUAACCUCCUCCAUAUUCCAUUCUGAUUCUGAUCCUUGUAUAAUCCAAAAUUGCAUUAGAAUCUAUGCCUGUGGGGUUGCAUGCUAGACAUUGUGGCUGCACUCCCUGAUUCAUAGGUUCUGUUUAUAAAACUAUGCCAACAGCAGUUUGGCUAGCACAGUGUAUAGAUGAAAUUGUAUGAUCUUACAAGUGUCACAAUGUCAUUUUUGCAUGACAGGUGCACUUUAAAGUAUGUUGAGCAUGUGUGUAUGUAUAAUGAAAAGAAAGUGUUCCUCCUUUUAAAGAAUUGCCCUGCUGGACUUAAUCAAAAUACAGAUUAAGGAACCGUGCACAUGCACAAAAAAAUUAAAUUUGCCAAGACUUCUUAAAAUCACUUAUCUUCGCAAACAAAUAUGGGGAUUCAAUUGCAACAAAUGGCCAUAUUGUGUUAAGCCUACUGCUAUAUCAGUACCCUAAUAUCCAUGAAUCCUAGUCUAAUUUUUACAUGGGAGCACCACUUCUGUGAAUUGCAUUUUCUGACUGUGCCCACAAUUCCCCCCCCUUUUGGCAAUCCACUGUAGGUGCCUCUUUGGAGGUGACCACUGAAAAGCAAAAAUUUGAGGAGAGUCUCUGGAAGCUGUUUAAGCAGAGUAAGUAUUGCAGCUGGCAUGUUAAUCUCCCAUGUUAAAAUUAGUGCAGGACCCUCCAAUAUUAGGGUAGUGUGAUGUGGUGAGCUUAACACAAUAUGACCAUAUGGGCAAACUGAAUCCUCCUAUUUGUGUGCUAAGAUAAGUGAUUUUUAGUAGCCUUGUAAAAUUGAAAAAUGUAAUUAAAAAAAAAAAAAAUCUUUUUCUGUAUGCUGUUCCUUAAUCUUUAUUUUGUAUAUAUUUUGGUCUUUACGGCAGCACCACUACUGAGAAAUGCUCAUGAGAAAAGAUAAUUUUAUUUACAUCAGCUUUUUAGCAGUAAAAUUAGCAUCUAAACGCUUAAAAGUGCCAGUCUGUAAAAUGGUAAUAUCUUUAUGUUGAAUUUAACACCUGGCAUACAAGAACCAAGUCCGUGUGUGUGUAUAUGUAUAUACAAUAUACAUACACACACUUACAAUUCAGCGCACUCGAUUUCAUGCUAACCUUUACAAACACCUGACUUAUGUAAAACAAAUGAAGAUUUAGUGACAAUAUAUGAUCAUACAUGACAUAAGCUUGCCACAGUGUCAAUGUACCCAAUGUUUACCAGGUCCUUCUCCAUACUAAACCAGUGACUACUCUUAAUAGAUUCUCAUUUACCUGGGAUAUCCAUCCUCUUAUGGUUUUUUUUUUUUUUUUUUUAAAUUCAUGGUUUAAUUAGUACCCAUGAAAGAGGCACUUGCGAGGGAUGGGUAUAAAAUGAGGGAUUUAUAGUCCUGUUUCAAUACUGUACAUAAAACAAACAGGCUGCACUCACCUAAACCUGGAUACUAUAUAAGGAUGCUGAUGGGUACGAUAAAGUGCACUGAAUUUUCUUUGUAACCAGCCGCACUCUUAAAAAUUAUGCUUGUUUAUGUUGGCACAGCCUUUCUGUGCUUUAUAUACAUAUGUGUGUAAUAUGAUUGUUGGAGCCAGAAGUUUUGGUUCCAGUAUAUCAGAAACAGCUAACCUCCAAAGGUUUUUAUACAAUAAGUUGAAGCUCUCAAUGGGCUGUUACUCCUAAAAAUAGAAAAUUAAAGAUAAUGUUUCAUGAAAUCUCAAUUUUAGCUGCAGUGUGGUUGCAUUUAAAUCAAUAGGUUGAUAAGUUAGCACAAAAAUUUAUUAAUUCACUGUUCAGUCAUGCAUUUUAAUUCAUAGUACGGAGUGCUUUAGAUUUCAAUAAUACCCACCCGUUAAUUUCUGUUCCGAAUAAAUUGCCCACUGAGUUUCAGUGCUUUAAAGGAACACUAUAGGGUCAGGAACACAAACAUGUAUUCCUGGCCCUAUCGUGUUAAAACCUCCAUCUAGCCCCCCAGCCCAUCUUGCCUCCCUAAAUAUAGCAAAAUCUUGCUUGUAUUCAAGUCUGGAGCUGCUGGCUCUGGCCUGCCCCGUCUGCUGACAUCAUCAGAAGUGAUAGCCUGAUCCAAUCACAAUGCUUCCCCAUAGGAUUGGCUGACACUGUCAAGGAGGCAAAUCAGGGGCAGAGCCAGCACGAUUCAAACACAGGCCUGGCUAAUCAGCAUCUCCUCAUAGAAACUAAUUGAAUCAAUGCAUCUUUAUGAGGAAAGUUCAGUGUUUGCAAUCAGAGGGUGGAGACACUAAAUGUUGUGAUGCAUUUUAGGCAUGACCCAGGAAGGAUCUCUAGCAGCCAUCUGAGGAGUGGCCAGUGAAGUUAUCCAUAGGCUGUAAUGUAAACACUGCAUUUUCUCUGAAAAGACAGUGUUUACAGCAAAAAGCCUGAAGGUAAUGAUUCUACUCACCAGAAUACAUGCAAUAAACUAUAGUUGUUCUGGUUACUAUAGUGUCCCUUUAAGAGUGCAGGGUUUGUUAAUUAAACAACAAAUUAUAGUGACUGAAGUGCAAACUGCAAAACAAAAUCUCCACCUUGGCUAUCGUCACAGAUAUUUUAGUUCCGCAUUUGAUUUAUUUUGUCUUUUAAAUAACUACACUCCAAUGUUUAGUGAAUACACAACUCUGUAUGUAUCCAGUCCUAAAAUGGAUAAAUAUGUGUGUUAACAUAGACCGAUGGAUUUGGGCAUUUUGAUUUUAUUUUAACUGCUGCAUAUGUUUCAUUUCUUCUGAUUUUACUGGGGAAUCACUAAAUGAAGGUUUUGCUAUGUAAGUAUUAGCACAGUGGGAAGCUGUAAAUAGUCUACAAAUAGUCGAUUAACUGUUUGAGUCUUAGAUCUUGUAUCCAUAUUUAGCUGAUAAAUAUUUAACAUUGAAUUCCAUUUCUACGGCUUUUAUAAAGUCAAUGUAAACUGAUAACCCUAUUUGUAGUUACAGAAAAAAAAACUGUCAUUUCACACCAAAGGACUUUUCGUACUCCUAAUUCCUAAUGAAAUGCUAAAGAGGUGUCAUAUCGAAUUUCCAUAGUGACCAUGUUUUUGUUUUGUUUUUUGCUCAAAAAGGAACAGUGUUUGUACACAUUGCUCAAUGUAGACACUAACCAUAUAAACGAUUAUUUAUAAUGGAAGGAUUUAGCUAUUUCAGCUUUAGGAAAUCUUAGCAGUAUAUAUUUUUUAUGUUAAUUUAAAUAGAUUUUUUUAAUGAAAUUAUUUUUAAGUUAUGACCUAUAAUAAAUUAUCUUGGAAGAAAACAGUAAAUAAAACCUGUUUUAGCUAAAAUGGGAAUUUAUCAAGUUGGACAAAAUAUAGGGGAAGGUUAUUAAUAACUGAUCAAUGUAUUUUUUUCUAGAGUUGGUCCAUAAACUUGUAAACUGGGAACAUUGCAACAUCAAAUUAUUAUUGUGUCUGACUGCACAUAAUCUGCUGUUAUAAAAAACCUUAUGUUACUAGAUUUAUAUGUUCCUGUUGAUUCACUAACCUAUCAGAAUUUGAGUUUCAAUAUUUUGGCCAAAAUAACAUUCUUGGAAGAGCUUUUUCUAUCUGCAUUGUUUUGUUCUAUAUUUUAGUACACGUUUUUUUCUCUUUACAGCUCACAGUUUAGUGAGUAAAACUUUUGCAGUUUGUCGUUUGCUGAAAACCUAUAAUAGAUCAAUAGAUUAUUUUUGUUUUGUAAUUCUUUAUUUUCAAAGACAGAGUAAAAACAGGCAUAUGAGCAGUACAUAGGCUUACGCAGAAGCCAAGAUUCUUAUUUUUCAGUGAUUUCACAUUAAUACAGAAAGCAGAGAGUGUGUUAUUAGGUGCUAAUACCACCGUGCAGAUUUUUAGUUUCCUAUAAUAGGUCAAUAGAUUUAAGCUAUACUUUACUUUCAAAGCUGUAUGCUUGUAUACAUGUGGCAUGCAUAUUUGUACAGUUGUGUUUGCAAAAUCUGUGGACAAGCUGCAGCCUCUAUAAACUUGCAUUUUGUGGCCUUUUUUCGAGUGUAGUUUAGCACACAUUAUCCUAUAUUAAACACUAUGAAUGUGACUACUGUAAAUCACAUUUUCUGGGUGGCAUCAACAAAUUAUCAUUGUGGUGAGCAAAUUCUAAUAUUGUAACGUGUCUAUUUGAUAGUACCAAGCGAUAUCUACGGUUAUUAAGCGCUAAGCCUGAGAGGUUUAAUGUGCCCUUAAAAUGUUUACUCUUGUCAUUUUUUUUCUUAAUCUCUUAAAAACCAGUGAUUGUGUAGGUUGUCCCAAUAUGCCUGUAGAGACCAUAAUCUGAUAUGAAAUAUCCUAUUCAUUUAGCAUUAAAGGGACACCCCAGACCCACCCCUGAAGCGUUUUAUAUGUGAUAAGUGUGUCCUCUGUUGCAUUUUUCCAAAAGUAUAGAUUUCAGUAGAUAUUGGCACUUUUAUCAAUUAACCUUGUAACAUCCCCCCAGCUGUUAAUCAGACAGCCGAUCCUGUUGCUUCAUGGUAUGGUUAGCUCAGUGGGGCUUAACUCAAGAGGCAGCACUUGCCAGUGCACCAGCCUUGCAAAGACUUUUCAUUGAAUUGUGUUGGAAAGUCUGUGAUUGCACAGCCAAAGAACAUCUGGGUGGAGUUAGUAGGGGAGGGCUUGCAAAUGCUUCAGACAUUACUAUAUUGUCAUGAUAGCAAGGGCUGUUCUUGAUACUAAUUCGUUAAAUCCCACAUCUUUAUUUGGAUAUUGUAAAUUUGUUACUGUUUGCGUUUGUUUUAGCUCUUUUAAAUAUGGGAAAUUAUUUUUAUUUUCUUAAUAUUCAAUUACAGAAAUUAAGUAUUUUAAGUACCUACAUUGUUAUAGAUCAGUCUUUUACAAAUAUCAGCGCCUUAUGAAAACUCUCAGAAUGAAUUAAAUUUUGGCUCUGAAGCCAGAACUUUCAAUCUUCAUCACCGUAGGAUUUUCUCCUUUGCCUUAAUUUACAUGCUUUUGUGAAGGAUACUGGACUAUUUAUUAAGGUGUUUCUGUAAACUGGUUUAAAUUAUUUGGUGUUUGUGUUAUCAUAUGUCUUUAUUGUUUAACUAUUUGUCAAGUUAGCUUAUAAUUAUUUUGCGUGCAUGAAAUAAAAAUACAUAUGUAUGUAUAGUAUUUUCUCA